AGCCGCGUAUAUCAUGGCAAUGCUAUUCGUCGCACUCCAAGACUUUAUCUCCGCAUUCAGACCCGAGACCCAACGUCAUAUUUCUAAGGUGAAGCGCGGACACCGCACCGUUUCUUCUUGAAUGACGGGUGCUGAUGCGGCUGGCUAUGCCUGUUUUCCGGUACUGCAAACGAAACUCUCCAAAGUUGACCCGUGUUUAAUCCAUGACCCAUGUCGUGGAGAGUUCCGCAUGUGAAACAUGUAGAUAUCUUAAGGUUUGAUUGGCUAUAUGGCGUCAUAGAUUAACUUCCGCCAUUCCAAAGUGUGGGAACGGAAUCGUCUUUUGAAAAUGAUGUACCACUUGUUAAUGUGCGUUCCACGGCGGAGGCAUCCACGAAAAGCAUCAAUACAAACAGUUCCCCGUCCCAAAGGCCAGGUGCCACGUCGUAAAUCUGCUUGCAUUCAAUGCAUAUAUAUCCCGCUCGCGUUUUUGCUACAGCUUCAAUUCUUUCAUUAUAGCACCGCGAUGAGCUUCACAGAAAAAGUUGAUGUGGACGCCGACGCCGACGCCCGCGCCGGGCUGGAGAAGUUGGGCUACAAGCAGGAGAUGACACGGUCUCGAGGGCUAGCACAUAUAUUAUUCAUGUCGUUAUCAAUCAUGGCAGUCCCAUUUGGUCUUACGACUCCAAUAGCGACGGCGCUCAUUGGAGGCGGUCCAGUCGUUAUGAUAUGGGGAUGGAUCUUGGUGUCGGUCCUCACCCAAACCCUUGCUCUUUCUCUGGCAGAAAUAUGCUCCAAAUAUCCCACAUCCGCUGGCGCGUACUACUGGUGUUAUCGACUUGCGUCUCCCCGCACGAGACUUCUUGCCUCCUGGAUCAAUGGCUGGUUGACGGUCGUCGGUGUCUGGAUCAGUGCUCUGAGUGUCACAUUUGGAACUGCCGAACUUGUUGUCGCCGGCGCCGGAAUAUUUUUCCCUGAAUGGAACGCAACAGUAUCACAAACAUAUAUGAUUUUCCUCGGCGUGACAGCCGUUGCUUCCGUAUUCUGCAUAUUCUUCAACAGGUCCCUACCAACCGUCGAUAUAAUUUGCGCUUGGUGGACUGGUUUAGGCCUCAUCGUUAUUUUGGUGUGCUUGUUCUCCAAGGCCGCAGCAGGGCGUCGUUCUGUCUCUUUCGCGCUCGGGAACUUCGAUCCGUCAUUUUCAGGAUGGACGCCUGGGUGGUCGUUCUUUAUUGGUCUAUUGCCGGCUGCAUAUACAUACUCCGCUAUAGGAAUGAUCACAAGCAUGGCCGAAGAGGUUCACAAUCCUUCUGACAUACUUCCGAAGGCCAUUAUCUCAUCUAUACCCAUUGGCGCAUUAACUGGUGCGGUAUUCAUUCUGCCAAUUCUUUUCACGCUGCCAGAUGUCGCCACAUUGCUUCAAGUUUCUUCCGGUCAACCAAUUGGUCUGAUGUUUAGUUUGAUCAUGGGCUCCAGGGCUGGUGGUUUGGGGCUGUGGUUUAUUAUAUUCGGACUCGGUAUAUUUUGCUCAAUCUCCACCUCUUGCGCCGCUUCUCGUGCAACAUGGGCGUUCGCACGUGACAAAGCUAUCCCAUUCCAUCAGUCCUUCUCCAAGAUCGGACCUCUCGAUGAUGUCCCCGUGAAUGCGUUCCUCCUCUCCACCGUUAUCCAGGUUCUCCUUGGACUCAUUUACCUCGGCUCCCCAGCUGCGUUCAACGCCUUCGCGGGUGUCGCUGUCAUGUGUCUUGGAGCGUCUUACGCCAUGCCCAUCGUCAUCUUGCUAUUGAAUGGUCGGAAAGACAUGCAGGAUGCCCCAUUCAAUCUUGGCAGGUUCGGUACUGUCAUCAAUGCAGUCGCAGUGCUGUGGAUCAUGUUCGCCAUCGUGCUAUUCUCGAUGCCUGCUGUCAUCCCAGUAAAGUCAAUGAAUUAUGCUUCGGUAGUGUUUGUGGGGUUCGGAUUGAUUAGUGCUGCGUGGUAUAUGAUCAACGGCCAGUAUUACUACGAAGGACCGCCGAACCCGGAAGACAUAAGUUCCUCGGGAUCCUCGGAUUCUGUUCCGUGUUGAAAGGAUUCUGGGCGACAAUGGUGGAGAUACUAUCACCAAGCGAUGGUGGCUGAGAUGGAGGUGUCGGCGCUGGGGAGCCCUUGCCUUUCGGUCGAGCCGUUGUGUAGACAUGAUGUUGGGACUUCGUUAGACUACAUAGACAGAAGUGCUGACCAUGGUAGUAAAAGCGCCCAAUAUUAUGACAGGGGUUUAAAAUUCC